AUGGCAAUUUAUAAUCGAUGGGCUUUUCAGCAACUCUAUAAUAAAUUAGAUAAAUAUAUAUCGAAUGAAAUGUAUAAUGCUGAUAAUGGGCUUUAUUUUCGUUCCAUUCAUGGUACAUUAGUUCAUAUAGUUUUAGCAAGUAAACUUUGGUAUGCUCGUCUUGCAAAUUCAUCAUCCUAUUCUCUUAAUGAUGAAAAAUAUCCGUAUGAAAUCAAUUCUUAUUGGUCACGUUCAGCGAAUGAAUGGGAACAAGCUAUUUUAGAUCGUAAAAAUCUUUAUUAUGAUGUAUUAAGUGAAUGCGACAGAUGGAUUGAUUAUAUUGAACAAUUAGAUUCUGAAUCUUUAAUGACCGAAGAAACGUUUUCAUAUUUCGACACUGAAGGAAAUAAGACUGAACGUAACCGUUCUGAAGCAUUAGAUCAUGUAUUUAAUCAUACUACUCAUCAUCGUGGACAAAUAACAGCAAUUAUAACGAAAUAUUCAGGACAGGAAGCAUCACCGAUACUUGAUUUAUCUGCUAUGCCGACUAAUGAAUUGAAUAAUAUAAAUUAG